UAUAAACCGAUUUGCGAGUUAUAGGAUGGACGCGCUAAGCAUCGAAGAAAAAGUGUUUCUCAUCGAGUGCUUCUAUAGUAGAGGCAAAAACUAUAGUCAAGCGUAUCGUGGAUUCCGUAGUAAAUAUGGAUCUAAAAAAGUUUCAAGCGAAACAAUACUCAGAAGGAUUAUUGAUAAUUUUGGUAUGUAUGGCACUUUGAACGAUCGUAGACAUAAUUUACCUGGUCCAUCUCGUACCGUUACAACGGACGAAACAAUUGAUGACGUUAGAAAUUAUUUUGACAAAAAUCCAAACACCUCGAUUAGGAAAGCUGCUCAGGUUUUGGAUUUAAAGCGAGAAACUCUCCGAAAAAUAAUGAGAGACGUCAUUAAACUGCAUCCCUACAAAAUCACUACACAUCAAUUGCUGACGGAGAAAGCGAUGGAAAAACGAGUUGAGUUUUGUAAGGUGAUAACCAAUUUGAAAGUGAGGAACUCGAUGAAAAACAAAUAAUAUUUACGGAUGAAGCUCACUUUUGGUUAAACGGAUAUGUCAACAAACAAAAUUAUCGGUUUUGGGGACAGGAAAAUCCAAACGUGUCUAUUGCCGUUCCUCUUCAUCCUCAAAAGGUUUCCGCGUGGGCUGCAAUUUCUGUAAAAGGGGUCUACCUGCAAUUUUUUGAAGGAACUGUGACUAGUCAAAGUUAUAAAGAAUUAUUGGAGACUAAAUUCUUUCCCCAUGCAAAGAAACGCGGAUUAGUAAAGAACUUCCAUUUUAUGCAGGAUGGCGCGACCCCACAUCGUAUACGCGAAGUCUUUGAAUCGAUACAUGAAGUGUAUGGCAACAGAGUAAUUGGAUUAAGAUACCCGAAAUUUGCUCAUGGAGGUCUGGAAUGGCCUCCUUAUUCACCUGAUUUGAACCCGUGUGAUUUUUUUCUUUGGGGUUACCUCAAAGACAAAUGUUACGCCGUACAACCUCAAAACACCGCAGAGCUGAUAAAUAGUAUUAAAAAAUGCA